AUGCUGCGAUACGAUCUUUGGAUUUCAUGUUUGGAUGAUAGCAAACACUCGGUAAAUCCUAGGGCACCGGUGUGGUACCGGCCGAAGGCUCUCCGAUGCUUAAGUAAGUACGGGUUUAAUAAGUUUGAACUGCAGAUCAAUAGGCAGUAUGCCAGUUUCGAUGUGGGACUCUGGGCGUCAGUUGUGAGGCUGCCACGCGUCAGAGGGGGCGAGGUUGCCCUAAUGUUGCGAUCAGUAGGAGUCCCCCAAGUCCCCUUACGAGAGUCCUCGGAAGGGGAUUUGAAGUUGUCUUCGGGAGGAAACACGGCCUUACCGUUCGGUAACCCCGCCUGGGGAAGGGACCAAACUUUGUUCCUUCCGGCAUCAUCAGUUCAGAGGCCGAUGCUGGCGAAGUCAGAAGGUCGCGUCGAGCUGACGGGUGAAGGGACAUCUGAGCGCUUCGACUUCCGCACCUCGCGUGCCGUCUGCUCCCCAUAG